UUUAUUUGUUGUGGUAUGCCGAUUUUGUGGUUAUCGCAAAAAUGUCAAAAAUAUUUACACCAACUAAUCAAAUAAGGUUAACGAACGUUGCUGUUGUUCGUAUGAAAAAAAGUGGCAAGCGAUUCGAAAUCGCUUGUUAUAAGAACAAAGUGGUUUCCUGGAGGAACAAAUUAGAGAGAGACAUUGAUGAAGUACUACAAACGCAUACAGUAUUUGCUAAUGUAUCAAAAGGCCAAGUAGCUAAAAAAGAAGACCUCAUAAAAGCUUUCGGCAAUGAUGAUCAGACUGAAGUAUGUAAACAGAUACUUGAAAAAGGAGAACUUCAAGUCUCUGACAGAGAAAGACACAUGGCAUUAGACUCCAUGUUCAAAGAUAUUGCCACUGCAGUUGCUAGCAUGUGUAUAAAUCCAGAGACAAAGCGCCCAUAUCCAGUUUCUAUGAUCGAAAGUUCUAUGAAGGAUCAAAUACAUUUUUCUGUUAAGCCAAAUCGAAAUUCUAAGCAACAAGCACGGGAAGUCUUUACACUACUGAAAGAAGUGAUGCCAAUAGAACGUGCUCAAAUGAGGCUCAAAAUUGUCAUCCAGAGGAGAGAAGCAAAGAAAUUGAGAGACAAAGUGAUUAAAUUAAUUUCUAACACAGAAGCAGAGGAAUGGGACAAUGGAGUAUUAACAAUUACUUGCUUGAUUGAUCCAGGUCAAUUUAAACAGCUCGAUGAAUUGGUACGAUCAGAGACAAAAGGCUCUGCAUUGUUAGAAUUACUUUGUUUAAAAGAAAUAGAGGAAGGAGAUGAAGUCCUAGAAUAAAUUAUAGUUUAUUUGGAUUGUUAUUAAAUAUUUGUUAAUCAUAUGGGGGAGUUAUAUAAUAUCUAUAUAUUCUUAUUUAUUAAAUAUAUUUUAAUACACGUUGACCAAAAGAUUCUGUUGUGUAUAAAUGAUAUAGUUCCUGCUAUGUUUUAUCAUUUCACUAAGGAUGUCAUUUCUCAUUAAAUCUUAUUUUGUAUACAAUAUUUGGCAAGGUAUAGAUUAUUUCAUUAUUUUAUUAUUGUAAUAAACAUUAAUGAUACACACCAAAUCUCAAGAUAUACACACAUUGUGUAUAGUACACUGUUAAUUUCGAAAUAAUUAUGAAUGUGGUCGCAUAAAAUUCUCUAAAGUUUUAAUAUUAAUUCAGUAUUAACUAUU